UCGUUUUAAUCACUAGUGAGACGGUUGUUUAUUUCUUAUCAGUAUAUAUAAUAUCAAAGUUCAGAGACCACCAAUUCUUUGAAUUAAAAGUAGCGGCGAGGCAACUAUUAAACAAUUGAAAAUGGCCUCUGUAACUUCUAUUUCUAGGGUUUUCGGAAAGUUAACCUUGAGUUCGAAUUGGACUGCUGCGGCAAAUACAAGUUUUAUAAAGUUCUAUAGUACAGGUGCUCAGUAUGAAAAUAUCAAAGUUGAUGUGGUGGGUGCUAAAAAGAAUGUGGGUCUCAUAAGUCUCAACAGACCUAAAGCUUUAAAUGCUUUAUGCAAAGACCUCUUUGUUGAACUUGGCAAAGCUGUUAAGGACUUUGAUGCUGAUGAUAAAAUUGCCACCAUCAUAAUAACAGGGAACGAGAAGGCCUUUGCUGCGGGAGCUGAUAUUAAAGAAAUGCAAAAUAACACAUACAGCAGUAAUGUCAAAGCGGGAUUCUUACAAGAAUGGGAAGACAUUUCUAACUGUGGAAAACCAAUUAUUGCAGCUGUAAAUGGUUUUGCUUUAGGAGGAGGUUGUGAGUUGGCCAUGUUAUGUGACAUCAUAUAUGCCGGUGAGAAGGCCAAAUUUGGUCAACCUGAGAUUAACAUUGGAACCAUCCCUGGAGCUGGAGGUACCCAACGUCUUCCAAGAUAUGUCGGAAAAUCCAAAGCUAUGGAGAUAGUUUUAAGUGGCAACUUUGUUGAUGCUCAUGAAGCUGAAAAAAUGGGUCUUGUCAGUAAAGUUUUCCCUGUUGAGAAGCUUUUGGAAGAAACAAUUAAAUUGGCUGAAAGAAUCGGCACUCAUUCACCGCUUGUUGUGAAAUUGGCUAAACAAGCUGUCAACCAGGCUUAUGAAACCACACUGAAAUCGGGUCUACUUUAUGAGAAAUCCAGUUUCUACGGAACUUUUGCUACUGAGGAUCGUAAAGAAGGCAUGACGGCAUUUGUCGAGAAAAGAGCACCUAAUUUUAAAAACAAUUGAAGUGUACAUAGAUGUGCUAAGAUGAAUGAAUGUUUAUGAAUUAUUAUUAUACAUAUACAGACAAAUAUAUUUUGAAAAGUUUAAAUUGUUACAGAUAUAAGGGAAAAUGUAGUUUUUUAUACCUUUGUUUUAUAACAUAAACCUAUGUAACAUUUGAAUAAAAAGUUUAAAAAAAUAUAA